AUGUAUUCGUUAAAUUUUCUGCCACUUCCACUUCCAUUAAUUGCUGGAAUAAACAAUUGGGAAUGUGAUCCCAUCCGUGCUGUGAAAAUUUACACAUCUCGACGUUUCGGGGAUGACAGAAAUUUUAAAGAUUUGUAUAGAUUUUCUCGUCAAAACGUGGACCGUUUGGUAGAACUUUUUUUGGCCGAUUAUGAUGAAACGCGAGGAGGUGCUUUAAGCAAUACACACAAAAUGAAGUGUUUUUUGAGAUACGUUGGUGACCCAGGUUUUCAGGGAAUUGGCGAGGACCUCGGUGUUCACCAAACAACAGUUUGUAAAACUGUAUGGAAUGUAUGUCAAGCAAUCGUAGGCAAGGCUCACGAAUGGAUAAAGUUCCCUUUAAACGUUGCUGAUUUAGAACAGGAUAAGAAAAUUUGGCAAUCAAAAUAUUCGUUUCCUAGCGCAAUAGGAGCAAUUGAUUGUACUCAUAUAUUGAUCAAAAGUCCACAUUCCUUUAAAGAUGAAUUCAUCAACCGCAAAGGUUUAUAUUCCUUCAACGUGCAAGCAACAUGCAAUGCGAGCGAAUUAUUUACCAGUGUUGAUUGCAGAUGGGCUGGAUCGGUACAUGAUGCACGCAUAUGGCGCAACUCAGAUAUUUACAAUACAAUCCAUGAAAACGAAAGUGGAGCAAUUCUAUUAGGCGACGAGGCGUACCCAUUAACCCCAUGGCUUAUGACACCAUACAGAAACCCAGUUUCUGAUCCGCAUAAGAAAUACAACAUACUUCACACGAAGGAGCGAGUUAUAAUUGAGCGCUUAUUUGGUCAAGUUAAACAAAGAUUUCCUAUUCUUCAAUCCAAGAUUCGAAUUAAAACAGAUCGAGUUCCAUCAAUGAUUAUUGCAUGCUUCGUACUACACAACGUAGCUAAAAUCCUAAAUGAUGGUGACUUCGAAGUGCCAGAAGGAUCUACAACAAGCAUUCCUGUUCCAGUUCUUCUAGACAGAAAUGUAACUGUGACUAUGCGAGGUAAAAAUCGUCGAGAAGCUAUAGCGGCCUUCGUUGACAACAACAAUCUAUUGCGAAUAAGAUGAAUGUAUAAUAACUGAAAAAAAAUAUAUUCCAGUUCAAAAUUUUAUUAAGAAUCGUUUUUCAAUAUUUGAAGCUU